AUGAGCUUCUCCGGCGCCAUCGCCUACCGUGCCACCGCGUCCAUCGUCGUCGCCCCUCUUCUCGUUUUGGUCGUCAUCUAUGCCUGCUUAUGGCCGCUUGGAGUACCCACAGCUUUCUUCCGCUUGCAACAUGGUGCAAAUACUACGGAGAUUACCCCAAAAGAUGAACUGGAAGCAGCACUAGAGGGGGUCGCCAUGGAGAACCGGACUUUGAUCAUCGCGAUACUGAACAAGGCGUACGUGGAGCAGAACGCGAUGCUGGAUCUGUUCUUGCAAAGUCUUGGAGAAGGGGAGGACACCGAAUUCUUGGUCGAUCACCUUCUCUUCGUCGCCGUCGACCAGAGGGCCUUCAACAGAUGCCGCACCCUGGAGCUUCACUGCUACAAUCUCGUAACCGAGGGCGUCGACUUCUCCAAGGAGGUCUUCUACAUGUCUGAUGCAUUCAACAACAUGAUGUGGAGAAGAACUCUCUUCCUCGGAGAUGGGGAGAAUAAUGAGCAAAACAUGACUUAUGAUGACUUGUGCCAAUUCGAUAGCAUGACUUAA